GAUUUUCGGAUUAAAGAAGUGAUGAAGUGGUAGAAAAACGAUCGUUUUCUCCCCCUCUCUCGGUCGGCGCGAAGUUCACAUUGUGCUGUUUCACGCUACAAUCAAAUGACCUCGUUGUCAGACGGAGAUCGAAGACAUAGCAGUCUUGAGCAUAAUAAUUAGUUUUCGAAGUUUACAUGUGUUAAUUUUAGCUGACAUUUUAUGACACAUCGACUUAAGAUUCUGUCACAGCAUGAAGAAAGCUAUUUUAUGUCUUAUUUGACAGUUUCAACAAAAAUUUCUUUGUGAUUCCCUCCAAAAAUUUCAACAGUUCAUUAUGCCGCUAUUACGAAAACAGCCAUUUCACCGACAACCAGUACCAACUGCCCUUCAGCCUGAUGACGAUGUAUUCCAUUGUAAACUGACAAAUGAAAUCUUCAAAGAUUAUGAGGAAUUUUUCGAAAGAAUAAUCUUGUGCAAUAGUUUGGUGUGGUCAUGUUCCAUCACAGGGAAAGCUAGUUUGACAUUCCAGGAAGCAUUGGAAUCAGAGGAGAAAGCGCUGAAGCACAUUGCUUCAUUCCCAGCAGCUCUGCAGAAACCACUUCUGUUUUUAGCGCAGAGAACCAAGCGCAGUAGAUUGGCUGAUAUGAAUGAUGAUGUUUUCAUGUUUGCAAAAGAUCGAUAUUUCAUUGGAGAAAUCGUUGAUGUUGUUGUUGGUGGAGAAAAGAAAUCUUGUAAAGUUUUAAGAGUGGUACCUCCUGUGAAGGAACAAGAAGAGGGAUGUAUUGUUAUAGAUUCAGAUGAUGAGGAAUCCACCAGCGCAAAGAAUAAAAAUGUUACAGUACCAAAAUCUGAAGAAUAUAGAUAUGUUGUUCAGGAGACAGGAAAGUCCAAUAUUACCAUAACAGUACCAAGCAAACAAGUCAGUCGAAGAAAAGGUUUAUACACAAGAGACAAGAGUAAACUUUUCCUAAAGAACAACUCAGAUAUUGAAGAUGGCUUAUGGAAGAUAAAGGUUAGUGUGCUUAAAAAAAGAGGUGUGGAUACCAUGCAGUUUGUUGACUUCUAUGCUGGUGUUAUGCCAGUUUUUGAAGUAACUGAAUCGAAAAAAAAAUCUUCCAAGAAAAAGAAGAGCAUUGACACUACAGAGACUACAACAUCAUCUAAAAAGAAAAAGGAUAAGAAAGAUAAGGAAAAAUCAGAAGAGAAAGAGAAAGAAAAACCUAAACCUCAACCAGCAGAGGAAGAUCUGACACCUGAAGAAAAAGCUGCUUUCAAAGAACAGCAGAAACAGGAGAAAUUAUUACAGAAGGAAGAGCUAAGAAGAAAGUGGGAAGAAGAAAAACUAAGAAGAAAGGAAGAGAAAGCAAAGGAAGUAGAAAAAAGACGAGAAGAAAAGAGAAUACAGGCUGAACAGUUGAAAGAAUGGAGUAGACACAGAGAUGACAUGGAGUGUGAUGAUCUUAAGGUGUUGCCAGAACCUACACCAAUCAAGACAAAAAUUCCACAAGAACUGUUUGGUGACUGUGUUUUGGUACUGGAAUUUGUAAAUAUCUUCAAGUCCUUGUUUGAUCUAAGAGCUUAUUUCCCCAGGGGUUUUACAUUUGAUGUAUUAGAAGAAGCUUUGUUAGAGACUGACCAUAAUGGAAUAUUAACUGAUGUAUUACUUAUGAUGAUGACAGCUAUAUUCAGUCUACAAGAACAAGAAGAGGCUGAGGAGGAAGAACUGUCAAAACAAGAUGAAGCUGUAACUGGAGUUCUAGAUAAUAAUGAGACAGAUGUACAAGAUACAGACCAGUUGAUGGAACUUGCCACUGUGUGUUCAUUAACACCAAUGUUAACUCAUGGAUUACUUUUAAAGAAACUCCCACUUGACUCAUUCACUUUAUCUGAGAUUGUUCGUCUUCAUUUGCUGUCAUCUGGAGCUAAAGUCAGUGACAAGAAUGUCAAAUACCGUUUCCAAGAACGUGGUGGUUACACAUCCUUGGAUGAUCCAGGAUUGGAGUUCCGUCGACGAGAAACAGCAUUGUUGAAAAAUCUUUCAUUACAAUCAAUUUUUGAUCUUCCACCAGCUGACCGUCUGAAAAUAAUUACUGUUUUGAUACAACAAUUUAUGACCUAUGCAGCCUCCAGGGAUACAAUUGAAGAUGGUAGUGAAAGGUUAAGACUGUUGAGAUAUGACCUAAAACAGAUGCAAUGGGCAGAACAAAGAAGGGAACGAGAAGAAGCAGGGGCAAAGUACAAGAAAAAAAUGGAAGAAAAGGCUAGAGAAAGGGAUAAAAGGGAAGAGUGGAGACAGAACUGUUUGAAAGAGCAAGAGCAAAGAAAUAAAAGAAAGGAGGCGGGUGAGGAUGUUUCAAAAUUGCCUCCUAUUGAUUGGCAGUACAAGAGUGAUGAAGUUGAACCAACACCUGAAGAAAAAGAAGAAGUAAGGCAUCAAGAAGAAGAGGAAGAAGCAAAUAAAAAGGCAGAGUUUGCCUUGAAAGAGAAGAAAGUGCUUGACGAUCUUUCCAAAUUACAACAAAAUUGUUCUAUUGUUCCUGUAGGAAGAGACAGAAUGUAUAGGAGAUAUUGGAUUUUCAAUUCUAUUCAGGGACUUUUUGUAGAAGAUGACGAAAAACACGUAGAUACGAAACAGCUACAACCAUCAGAUGUUAAAUUCUUAACUGGAAACACAGAAAAACCAAAAGAUGAAAAUGGUAGUGAUAAAGAAAAUGAUUCUAUAAAUACUCCUAACAAAAGUAACAAUAAUACAAGUAUUAAUGGACCAAAAAGUAUUUCUAAUGAACAGAAUGCUGUUACGAAGAAUGGUGAUGUUGUUUGUAUAAGUGACGAGGAAAACUCACGAAAUGCAAACAGUGUUGUAAAAAUGGAAGUUGACAUAGGUAAUGAAGAAAAAUCUCAUCCCAUCUUACCAGAAAAUGAAGUGAUAAGACAAAUAGUCAGUAGGCAGAAAAAUCAAUGGGCUUUUAUUUCAACUGAGGAGGAAUUUGAACAUUUACUGAAUUCACUGAACUGUCGUGGAUACAGAGAGUCUGCUCUGAGAGCAGCAUUAUUAGAAAAUAGAUCUCGUAUUGAAGACAGUAUUGAUAAGUGUCCAGUAGAUGCAAUAUUUAAAGACACAGAUGAUACUGAAUCCGUUAAUGAGGACAAUAAUGAUUCUACUAAAAAGUCAAAGUCCACUAUCAAAAAGACAUCAAAAGGUCUUAUUAAGUCUGACUCAGCUCAGGAAGUGCUAGAAAUUAAUCUACGGGAACUUUUAUUGGAUCUGGAGGAGAGAAUUUAUGUUGGAGCAUUGGGAACUCUGAAGAUUAAAGAUAGACUUGCAUGGAGAGAUGCUCUUGAAAAAGGGAGUUUUGAUCCUCAAUCUGAUGAUCCCUUGUAUGCCAAGUUUGAAGUUAAGAAAAAUGAAGAAAAUGGUGAAUGUGAUGAUGCGUCAUCUGUAAGUUCAGGAGAUACCACAGAGUCAAUAGUUAAAGAUUUAUCAAAGGCAUUACUGCAAAUACAACAUGGCAUAGAAUCAAAAUACUUGGUAACACCAUUAGGUGAAGUAGAUGAAAAACAGAAAAAGUCUAUAGCAGAACUGAAGAAAGAAAAGCUUGAAAGAGAGAAAGAAGAACAGAUGAAGAAAAAAGAAGAAGAGGACAGUGAUGCUGAGGAAGAAAAAGUGCCACAGAAGACAACAUUAGAAAGAUGGCAGGAUUCUUUAUUACACUGUACAAGUCUGUCACAAAUCUUCCUAUAUCUUGGAACAUUAGAGAAAAGUAUCGCAUGGUCAAAGUCUGCACUUAAUGCCAGGUGUAGAGUAUGUAGGAGAAAAGGAAAUGCAGAUCAGAUGUUACUGUGUGAUCUAUGUGAUCGUGGUCAUCAUAUUUAUUGUCUGAAGCCACCCCUUAAGAUUGUUCCGACUGGAGAUUGGUUUUGUCCUGAUUGUAGACCAAAAGAAAUAAAGCGUAGUCCGUUAAAAGGAAGAAGAAAAACAUUUGUUGAAGAAUCGGAGAAUGAAGAGAAAUCAUCAAGUGAGGAAGAAGAUGACUCAUCGGAUGAAGAGGAGGUGGAAGGAGAAGAGGAAGAUUCAGAAGAGGAGCAGGAGAGUGACGAGGAGGAUGUGGAAUGUGCUGUGUGUAAUAAGGGAGGAACUCUAAUUUGUUGUGACGCUUGUCCACUGUUCUAUCAUCUCGGAUGUGCCAAUCCACAGCUGAAAAAAGUACCAAGAGGCAAAUGGUUAUGUCAGAUAUGUUUGGGUACUGGAACAUCUGGGAAAAUCAAAUUACCAAAACAUACUAAAGGAAAGCUGAAAUGUACACCUAAGUCAACACCAAGUAAUAGCAGAAAAGGUAGUCCUAGAGAAAGUCCAAUAACAGUUCCAAAAGGAUCCAGGAAACGUCCAUUGGCUGAACUAGAAGAUAAUGGUCCGAAACUAAAGAAAGGUGGCCGUUCAGCAUCUAAGCUUCCCCAUGUAAAUGGAGAUAUGGAUCUUGGUGCAGCCAAAAGUAUAGCAAGUAGUUCUAGAGGAACACCUAAAGUACACCUAUUGAGAAACUGUGAAGAGAUCGUCCAUGACCUAGUCAAACAUGAAGAUUGUUGGCCUUUCUUAAAACCUGUUAGUAAAAAACUGGUUCCAGAUUACCAUCUGAUUAUAAGCAGACCAAUGGAUUUUGCCACUAUUAGAAACAAAAUAAAUAAUUACGGUUAUUCCAAUUUGAUUGACCUUGUAACAGACGUCCGCCAAGUGUUCUCCAACUGCUUUGAAUACAAUAAAAAGACAAGUGUAGAAUUCAAAGCGGGACUAUCAUUAUCAAAAUUGUUUGAGAAACGUUUAAAAGAUUUAAAUAUAGAUGUACCAGAAUCAUCUGCACCACCAAGCAAACGGUCAAGAAGGACAUUAUGAUAAAAUGAAGCAUUUUUCUUAUUUAUGACACAUUUCAUAUAAAAUUUUUCAAAUAUUUUUAUCAAUAUUUUGCCAAACUGCCAUCCAUUUAUAGGAACACCUUGAACAAAGGGAGAAAUGCCUUUUUUUACAACAAAAAAGAAUGUGUACAAGUGCAUUUAAUUUGAGUUGUUCAACUUGAUAAUUAGGUGAACCUUGGUUUCUCUGUUUACUAUUGUAAAUGUAGAAAGAAAGUGGACAAACAGGUUUUCCGGUCAUUUUGUUAACCUUGAUUUGAUUUGUUGGUGGGUUACUCUUUUGAUGAAUGGAAAACAAUUGAAUUAUUGAUUUUAUGGCAAAGCAAACUUGACGUCUGCUGUAACAAUGAAAUAGCUGAUAAGCUGGGUACCUGAAUUUGCUAGUCAUUCUUCCCCAGAGUUGGGAUGUAGAGCUAUACUUUCAAAAACCUGUACAAGACGAGUACUCUUCUGAAAAAAUAAUGCAUAAUAUACUAUAAAUGUACUAACGUGUACUGAAUGAUUGUACUCUGGUCAUAUUUAUGUUGGAGAAAUAUUAUUUUUUGAAGCAUUUUGAUGUGAAAAUGUUUUGCUAUGGUUUAAUUUAUGAAUGUUAUUUAUAUUUCUGGUUUUAAAGAAAAUAAAAGAAUAACAUUGAGACAUAUAUUUUACCAAAUUUCCAUGUGAUAUCUGCCCUGAAUAUUUCAAAUAUGGAUUACAUUUCAUUUCUUUCAAGCUUCAUUCUUAUAUGGUGUAUUUCAAUUUCUUGCAUGAUCUAUGGUAGAAUUUUAAGUGUGACCCUAUAAAAUAAAAUAAAAUCUUGAAUUUAUAUUUGCCAGUUAAAGAAAUCCAUUUGACAUAGAAAAAAAUAAGUGGGUAUUAAAUAUGAAAAUCAAAACUGCUUUCGUACAAUAUAUGUAUUUUAAGGUAAUUAGAUACAUGUAGUAUAUGUUCAAAUAAAAUGUCCAUUGUAAGGAACUUGCAUAUACAUUGAUAUUUUGGGUAAGGCAUUAUGAUUGAGUGGAUAUUUUUUGUAAAAUAUCUUAAAUUAUACCUGUGUCUUUGACAAAUAUACAAUCAUUAAAAUGUGAUCUUGUACACAGUUGAACAAAAUGUCAAGGUGUAUCAAACCUGUACUAGUUAAAACUUUUGAAUUUUUAAUAAAUCUGAAAUAAAUAUAUUUUGCAAAAUUAUAUAAGUAUUAAAAUACACCAAAGAAUUUUAACUGAAAAAAUGAAACUAGGACUAAAAAUUGAACAGAAUAUGCAUGAAAUAGUUGUGACUGGACAUUAGGCAUUCUUGUUGGAGGCCAUCCCAUUUAAAUGUACCUCAUACCUUUGGAAUGUACAGAAUUUGGCUUAUCAUCCAUAGAUAUUUUUGUAGGUGUGAUAAGAAAAGAGAAAACAAAUAUAAGCUAUUCUGAAGUGUUAUUUUUGUAACCAUAUAUGUCCAAAGUAACUGUUAGAGAGAAAACAGCUUGGGUCCAUAUUGAUUAAGAUAUUUUUACCUCUAAAAUCAGGGAUCACCUUAUCGGCUCAUCCAAGACCAUGUACCGCACCCUUGAAUAUCUUCAAUCACCAGAAUUGACUUAUUCUCUGUUUCACCUUAGAAUUAUGUAGUAAACUUAAAUAUCAAGGUAUGCACUAUUUGAACAAGAUUCUAAUGACAUUAAGCAAGCAACAUUUAGAUUUUUAAAGUUUCUUAUAUUGAAGGUUACUAUUGGAUAAAGCUCCUGCUGAAUUUUCAUGUUGGAUAUUUAUCUUGAGAUAACCCACAAAAUGAUCUGUGAAAGAUGUCUAGGAAUAAGAUUUUGAUAAGUUUAAAUACAAUUAUUACAUUGGUUGCAAUGAAUUACAUUGAUUUCCCAGUGAAAUAAAAACCGAUAAUUUCACAUGUGAAAUAAACGUGGUUAUUUCACUCCUCUGACGUCAUACAACAAUAGGCGUUGUCAAGACGUCGAUAAUGUCGGAUCAAAACAAAUUGUGAAUGUGUAGAAAAAGAUAUAGUUCCUUACAUUUUCUACUUUAAUUUCAUAAAAAAAGCCAUUUGCCAAUGUAAUAAAAAGAAUAACUAAUCAAAGAAUUCAAAUAUCGAAAAAUAUUCAACUUGUGACCGAACAACACUGAUAAUUAACUCAUGCGCUACACGCAUUCGUGAAUUAAUGUGUUGUUCGGUCACUCUUUGAAUAUUUUUCUCUAUUUGAAUUCUUCGAUUAGUUAUUCUAUAAGUAUGAACAUUUUUUACCAUACAUCAACUAUAUCCAAUGGUGAUUCCUGUAUUUAGUGUACAAGUAUUGAUCAAAGUUGAUAAUAUUCAUACAAGUCGUCCACAUUAUUAUCGUUCAUUAAACAAUAUGUAUGAUGUUAUUUAUUGACAUUGUACUACUAUAUUUAAUAAAUUAUUGAGUUUUGUACAA